CUGACGACCUUUUCCCACUGAACCCCACUUUCUUUCAUCGCCAAUCUGCCCUAUCUCCCACCCAACCACAAUUCCACAAAGAAAUUGAUUGCCUUCAGACAAGAUCCACUUACAGAGAAAGAAGCCCCUCGUUUUUAAUUCUCAUUGCAGCCAUGAGAAUGAAGCUGUGAUUUUACGACCAGGAGCCGAAAACUAUUGUCCGAAUUUCGAAUUUUUUCUCAUUUUGAGUAACGCUUCUAAAAUGGAGAAAAUCUGUCGGCGGGAUCACCUAUGCACUCUCCUUCUCCUCCUCGUCUUCGUAUGUUCUUACUGCUUACGAUCUGCUCGAGGGAAUGCCGAGCUUAGAGCAUUGAUGGAGAUCAAGUCUUCUUUAGACCCGGAGAAGAAGUACUUAUCGUCGUGGACGGAGAACGGCGACCCUUGCGGCGGGUCAUUCGUCGGAGUGGCCUGCAACGAGCACCGGAAAGUGGCUAAUAUCUCUCUGCAGGGUAAAGGGCUCACCGGGAAAGUGUCGCCGGCGGUGGCGGGGCUGAAGUGCUUGUCGGGUCUUUACUUGCACUACAAUUCUCUCACCGGUGAUAUCCCCAAAGAGAUUGCUAAUCUGACCGAGCUGACUGAGCUGUAUCUCAAUGUUAACAACUUAAGUGGGACUAUACCUCCUGAAAUUGGAAACAUGGCUAGCCUCCAAGUGAUGGAGCUAUGCUGCAACAACUUGACAGGGAUGAUCCCGACAGAAAUGGGGUUGUUGAGAAAACUGAGUUUUCUUUCGUUGGAAAGGAACAGACUGAGUGGAAGAAUUCCUGCAAGUUUAGGAGGUUUAGGGAUGCUGAAAAGGUUGUUUUUGAGUUUCAAUCAGCUCUCUGGUCCAAUUCCUGUUGGAUUGUCUAAUCUUUCUUCAUUGGAGAUUCUCCAGCUGCAAAACAAUACCCUUUCUGGUGUUGUUCCCCCUGCUUUAAGGAGGAUGGAAGAGAGGUUUCGUUUUGAGAAUAAUCCUGGUUUAUGUGGCGCUGGAUUUCCUUCCUUGAGAGCAUGUACUCAAUGGGACAAUCUUAAUAUCAAUCAGAUCGAUCCAUCUUCCAACAGGACAGUUUCGAACAUACCUCAAUCAGCCAAUUUUCCAUUAUCCUGCAAUGGAUCUCAUUGCUCGAAAUCAUCAUCAAAGGUUCCGCAGGCAGCCAUUGUUGCAGGGGUGAUCACACUUACAAUCUCACUAAUGGUGGUGGUAUUUAUCUGCAUUGUUCGUUAUCGCCGCGGCAAACAGAAAGUCGGGAAUAGAUCAGAUGCUUCGGAUGAUCGGAGUGUUGACUGGCAAGCAAAAGACUUCAAGAGAAGUCCCUCUCCUCUCGUGGCUCUAGAAUACUCGAGUGGUUGGGAUUCUGCGAGUGCUGCUCAAGAUUGCAAUGGCGGGUGCCAUGAUUUUGUGCAGGGGUCUAAGUUCAAUCUAGAAGAAGUGGAAUCAACCACACAGCAUUUUUCGGAGGUGAAUUUGCUCGGUAAGAGCAAGUUCUCGGCCGUCUACAAGGGGAUUCUUAAAGACGGAUCGAUCGUGGCAAUCAAGAGCAUCAACAAGACUAGCUGCAAAACAGAUGAGGCUGAAUUCAUGAAAGGAUUGAGCUUAUUGAAUUCUCUCAAGCACGAGAAUCUCGUCAAGUUGAAAGGCUUCUGUUGCUCAAAUGCUCGGGGCGAAUGCUUCCUAGUCUACGAAUUCGCCUCAAACGGUAACUUAUCCGAGUAUCUUGAUGUCCACGACGAUAACGGCAAUGUUCUCCUAGAUUGGCCAACUAGAGUCUCAAUCAUCCAUGGAAUAGCAAAAGGUGUAGAAUAUCUGCACAGCAGUGAGCCCAGCAAGCCCUCCAUCAUACACCAGAACAUAUCAGUGGAAAAGGUUGUCCUGGAUCGACAAUUCCGGCCACAGAUUCUUGAUUCCGGUCUCCUCAAGCUCGUUGCCGAUGAUGUUGUUUACUCGGCCCUGAAAGUCAGCGCUGCAUUGGGCUACAUGGCUCCCGAAUACAUCACCACAGGCCGGUUCACCGAGAAGAGCGACGUGUAUGCAUUUGGAGUUAUUAUCCUCCAAGUGCUCUCCGGCAAGAGACUGCUCUCGAGUUCCAUGCGCGCCGCAGCAGAAUCCGGAAAAAUGGAAGAACUUGUCGACUCAAAACUCCACGGCAAGUUCCGGGAAAGUGAGGCUGCCCGACUGACAAAAAUUGCUCUGAACUGCACGCAUGAAAGCCCCCUCAACAGGCCGAGCAUUGCCUCGAUUGUUAAGGAGCUGGAUGAGCAAAGUGAGUGAUGUUUAGCAGCAUAUGUGAUAGUUUCUGGGAAUAGAUAGGUUUAGUGUACCUGUUUCAGCACUUUUAACAUAUCAAUAAUUGCUUA